AUGAUGCAAACAACGUCAAUACCCAUUGAAAGGUAUAGUGGCAAUUUGAAGAUGAAAAUGUUAGAAAGAAAGUGUGAAAGUAAUUCAACACAAAUUCUCCAUUACAGCGAAUGUUUGGAUAAGAAUGCGAAUAGCAAAUCGCCAGUUAUUGAAAAAAGACGCAAAUCUGCUUCGUUACAUGCUUUACAUCCCGAUGACACGAAAUCAUUCAGUAUAAUAGAUCCGUUAAGUGGUAAAAUGUCGCAUGAACUAUUAAAAGGAGGUAGCAGAGGUGGUUCGAAAAGUUCAGGAAUGCAGGAUUCAGUUUCGGAUACAUUUUCAUGUGCAGGUCCAAUCGAAACCGCAAUUUCAUACCAUCAGAAUGCCCCAUCGUUAACACGGUUUGAUACAGAUAAUCGUGCUUUCGAUGAACGUCUUGCUAUAGUAAUCCAGAAUGCAGAUAUUAAUUUUAAUCGUGGUUUCUGGAUGCGCAAUGACUGGUUAAACAGAUGGACCCUACGAUUUAACGAAGUAAACAUGGAAAAGCGGUAUAGGGCACAUUUUGCAGAAUCAAUCGAUCGCCAAUUGCCCAGUUAUGAUGGCACUUCACACAUUGAUAACUCAGACUUACAUUAUCGUUAUUCGGGUGUAUUUAUCGAUGUAUUAGUAGCUGGGAUGUUGCUCGUCAUCUGUUCAGCUGCGAUUUUUAUUUCGGGAAUAUUAAAUACCAUCUUUAUCAUUUAUUUUGCGAUCUCACUCAUUGCUAUUAUAUUAAUUAUCGUUAUCAUCGGUAUACCAUUACUAAGGCAUCAGUCAAUUUUCCCGUUUGUUAAUCUUUGGACACCACGUCAUGUUAUUGGAAUGGUACUCAUAUUGCUGCCAGCAGGUGUUGCGUUAACAGCAGCACCUUUAUGUGAUGAUAUUGUUGUCCAGGAAUAUAUGUGUAUUUCACCAAAUUUGCUUGCUCAGCGGAUUUUGUUUUGAAUACCAGAUGCAUAUAAGUAUACUAUCAUUUGUUUAGCCUAUAUAUUUCUGGUUGCACUGUUUGCACAUUGCAACUUCUCGCAACUCUCAGCUUGGCCAAAAACAGCUGAGGCAUUAUUGGUCGGUGUCGUAUUUUUAUGGCUCACUUAUGUUUGCCAAUACCGCAUCAGUUCAUUAGUUGAUAAAUCAUUCAAUAAUCGAGAUACUGAGCCACGUUCUUGUAAUGGCACCGUGACAGUGUGGGCGUCGGGACGGUUCGGUUCCCCAGUUAAUUUACCUGAAAUUUGUGUUGAUGUCUUCUUGGUUGUCGUUUUGGUUGCUUUUCUCAAUUACCAGGCAAGAUUUUUCUUUCUGUCUCUUCAAUUUGAAGCUGCAUUUCGAAUGUCUUUCUUCGGCGACGUACAAGCACAACGCGAUACUGAGCAAAUGCAAGCGGUGCGUGAUCAGGCUGACUGGCUUCUAACCAAUAUCAUUCCACAACAUGCCAUCGAUUCAUUGAAAUCAAGUAUCAGAUACUCUGAAAACCAUGCACUCACGGCAGUUCUUUUUGCUACGAUCACCAAUUGGAACGAAAUGUAUGAAGAAACUUUUGAGGGCGGACGCGAAUUUUUACGAGUGCUAAAUGAGAUUAUUGGGGACUUCGAUGAAUUACUAGAUAGACCAGAUUUCUCACAGGUGGAAAAAAUCAAAACUAUCGGACCUACAUAUAUGGCUGCAGCUGGAUUAAAUCCAGAUAUGAGACGUUCAGCCCAGCAUCCUUAUGAACAUCUUUAUCAAUUGAUGGAAUUUGCAAUCGGUUUACAACAACAGCUAAACUAUUUUAACCAAGAUUUGUUGAACUUUGAUUUUGUUUGCAAAAUUGGCUAUAAUAUUGGUCCAGUGACAGCUGGUGUUAUUGGUACCACAAAAUUAUACUACGAUAUUUGGGGUGAUACAGUCAAUAUUGCUUCUAGAAUGUAUAGUACCGGUAUAGAGAACCGAAUACAGGUGUCUCAAAAAACUCGAGAUUUACUAUGUGAUCGUUAUGAUUUUGAAUAUCGUGAUCACAUUGAAGUAAAAGGAGUGGAUGGUGGCAUGGAUACUUAUUUGUUGGUUGGCAGAAAAGGCGAACCGCCAGUGAAUUUUACGAUUACUACAACCUUCUGA